GGCAAUCAUAAGCUUCGUGCUACGACAGUAUUCCCGAAACACUUCGUUUUCUGUCUAGUUGGGUUUACAAGACUAACCAGGCCGAGGUUGUACUCUUCAUACACAUACCAGCCAUUGUCAUCUUAAUCAUGCAAAGAAAGUUGCUUCCUCUUCUACCUCAUUACACUGCAAGCUAAAUCCAGAGUACCGGAGAAUUAAGAAUGACCAUGUCUGACAAAGAUCAACCAAUAGUCAAAUUCACAACAGGAGUUGGUGAUCGUAUUCAACUUGGACAAGGGACGACCUUUUUGCCCGGAAAGAAGGAUGCAUCAGUACAACAUCUCAUCGACCACGUCCUCGAACACGGCUAUGUUAUCCUCCCUAACAUUUUUACGCCCGAGCAAGUAGAGAUAGCAAAUUCCGAAGUGGCACGACUUGAAACUCUUGAUGCUGGACCUGCUGCAGUUGCUGGUCGAAACCUUUUUGAGGGUUUCAAGACUGGAAGAGUCUAUGCUCUGGCAGACAAAUCCCGAGCGUUUGACCACUUUCCAAUACACCCCACUGUUUUGGCUCUGAACGAUUACUUCCUUCAACCCAAUUAUUUAAUUACUAGUCUGCAUACUGUGGUGAUUUACCCUGGACAAACUGCACAGGCUAUACAUUGCGAUGAUGGAUUGAUUGCACUGCCAAGACCAAGGCCAUUAAUCGGUACUGGCACCAUGGUCUCAUUCGAUGACUUCACUGCCGACAACGGUGCAACUACUGUAAUUCCAGGGUCGCAUUUAUGGUCGGACGAGCGCAUCCCAACCCGAGAAGAAAUGAUUCCGGUAAUAAUGCCAGCAGGCAGCAUGGUCUACUUUCUCAAUACACUUUGGCAUUCGGGCGGAGCGAACACCUCAAAUAAGGCUCGCCGCAGUAUUACAGUUCAGUAUUGUCAACCCUGGAUACGAACAUUUGAGAACAUGACCAUUGCAAUGGGCUGGGAUGAUCUAGACAAGGUUCCAGAAAGACUCUUGAAAUUGAUGGGAUUCUCUACGCAUGAUUUCAUGGGUUAUGUAGAUGGCCGCUCGCCCCGAGCCGGUGUGGAGAUGCGAAAGAAAAGAAUGAUUGAGCGCGCUCUCAAGGAGAGAGAUGAACAGCGUAGCUCAAAACUCUGAUGCUCCACUUAAUUACAGCAUUCAGAUGUUGUCACAUCAGGCAUUGGUUUCGCGUUUUUUUACUCCAAUCCCUAAUUUUUCCUGCGUGCAAUGCUGCCUGGGAAAAUAUCUAUUACCACAAGACAAAAAAUAUCUCUCAUUUGGCGAUUCCCAAGCUUCGUUGUUCUCAAGAUUUCUUUUGCUUUCUUGCAAAUCAUACUUUUUGAACACUUCAUAGGUAGUGUGUAAGUUAGAGCAAUGCAGAUUUUUGCUAAUGAACAUUCGAGAUCAAGUAUCAUUUAUAAAAGAGUUGCAUUUCGGUUGGUGUGUACAAUGUAUUCGGCUUUGAAGCUACAAAUGGAAAUCUAACUAUUCCUCUAUGAAUAAUCGAAUCGUUCUAGCUGCCACCAAUUAUUCUUGAAUCUCGGCAUGCUAUUCUCCUUUGAAAUAGUAUUGCAUCAUUUCGUCCCACCAACUUAACUCAGCCACACUUUCCGUCA